AUGGAGUCCUCAAGCAACCCUGGCCCGCCCGGGUUGCUGGCCUCCGCCACGACGAUGAGCCUGAACGUGUUCGAUUACCUCGAGAGACUGCCUCCAGACGCGCUCGACAAGCUCUACGGCGCGGCACCGCCGGCGGCGGACGGGCAGGGCGGGAGAAGCCACGGGCAGUGGACCUGCAGGGCCCUCCUGCAGUCGCUGCCGCAGCUGGCCAAGCAGCACGUGAUGCGGCUGCUGUUCGUGGAAGGGCCCGUGGGCAAGGGGAUGCUCAAGUCUUGGGUGAAGAAGGAGUACCAGCGCGUCCACGCCGCGUCUGUCCGUAAGUUGGUCAGCCUGCGAGUGCUUCUGCCUAGCGCGGGCGGGCAGGAGUACCAGUUGAACCCUCCGUUCAGGGAAAACCUGCAGCGAGCUCUCUGCGCGUCAGACAAGACGCCGUGGCAGGGGGACGUGCCUCUUUCGGCGGAUAGGAGCCCGCCGACCGUAGCUAAGAUCGAGCGGCAGAUGCACUCGCAGUGGCAAGAUGUACUCUACUUCUUGGUGGGGUCUGACGAAGAGGGGAGGAGCACACCGCCUGCCAGGGUGGUCAAGUUCAUGGAAGAAAGCGGCCUCAUGAGACCCGUCAGAGGGAGGGGUGCUCUCCGCAUCACCGACAAAGGGUACGAGUUCAUGCUCAAGGAGGCGCACGUGCAGGCCUGGAUGGUGGUUCACGCUCUCAUCAACGGCUACGGCAGGACUCAGCCCGGCUGCCGUGACGAGCUGCUCGCCUUCCUCUUCCAGCUAAGCUACUGCAAGGUGGGAGACGCCUACCCGCUGGGAGCGCUCACCCAGACGCAGCGCGAUCUGGCCCAGGACUUCGUGGAGCUCGGGCUCCUCUUCAAGCGGAAGGCCAAGUCCACCCGGUUCUACCCCACCUCCAUCGCCGUCAAUCUCAUCUUCGGCUCCUCUCCCUCCGGGGACGCGGGGGGGGCGGGUGGUGGUGGCACACAGCGGAAGCCGCAGCCUGCGGGAGGGCUCGGGGGCGGGAAGAGGGAGGAUGACACGAGCAUCCACAUCAUCGUCGAAACCAAUUUUCAGGUAAUCGCCUACACGCGGUCGAAGCUCCACUUCGCCAUGCUCAGCCUCUUCCUCGAGCUGCGCGCCCUGCUGCCGAACGCCAUCGUGGGAGCCAUCACGAGAGAGAGCAUGCGGAAGGCCCUAUCGACCGGCAUCAAGGGCCGCCAGGUGCUCGACUUCCUCAAGUGGCACGCCCACCCGGUCGUGAGGAGACGGACGCCCGUCGUGCCGGAGAACAUCGCCGACCAGGUUCUGUUGUGGGAACGGGAGCGAGAUCGCAUGGAACACCGAGACGGCGUUCUCGUGGACGUUUCAUACGCCAGCCGCGACGCUUUCCGAGGCAUGACAGAGUUCGCCAACGCGAAGCAGGGCCUGCUGUGGAGCAGCCCGCUAGGGGGGGAGGACGAAGAGGGAGGCGGCGGGGGCGGCGGCAGCGGUAGCGGCAGCAGCGGUGGCGGGCUAGCCGGCCGGAAAAAGCUCAUGGUGGUGUCCCCGGGCAUCGUGGAGAGUUUGAACGCGGCCAUUGUCGAGAACGGAUGGACGAGCUCGUUUUGA